ACUGCUCGUCGUCAAAAGUCGUGAAGAUGCAAGGCGAGGAGGCCGACUGAAAAAUCUAAUUUUAGAGUUCCAAUUUGAAGACAGUCUCUUUGAGAAUAUAGACAAACCAUCCAUUGACCAAAAUGUCUUCUUCGAGGGAUUUACUUUCAGAAUAUCGGAAGUCUGUUCACAAUGUCGUAUCCAGUCAAUCAUUUGGAAAUCAAUUUUGCAAAUUAUCCCGUCAAGGAAACAGACGUGGAAUGAUCGAAAUUCUAAUGGAAUUACCUGAAGUAAAUAACCUCAUUAUUGAAAAAAACUAUCACUAUAAAAAUGACAAAUUAGCGGAAAAUCUCUAUAAGGAUAUUGUUUCUCCAAAGAAUGAAGUAGAUGAGAAUCAAAAAGCUAUUAUUUUAACUAAAUCAGUUUUUGCAGCCACUUGCAACAGUAAGAUAUUCCUGCAAGCUUUACUUGAACGUGCUCGAACAUGGUAUAGAUUAGGAAAAUUUGCCAAGUGUAUAGAAAAUUCAAAAUAUUUGGUAAAUUUAGAUAAUUUUUCUUCUCAAGAUGAUUACUACGAAGAAUUCAGAAUCGAGUCUUUUCUAAUCAAAUCAGAAUCGUAUAAAAAAAUGAAUUUAAAGGAAAAUUCGAAAUUUUGCCUAAACGAAGCGAUGAAAAGUGUGAAUGAUUUUAUACAAAAGAAAUUUGGAAAUGAGAAAGAGGAUGUUUUUAAGAAAGAAAAGGUUUGCUUUCUAAAACCUAUUUUUGAGCGUUUGAAUCUGAUGAGAAAAUCAAUUGAAGACAAUCAUGUGGCAGAGAAUUUGAAUAAUUCACUGAAGGACCUGAAAAUUCCUAGUGUGAAAGGAAAACCAAAUGAAAAGCUCAAAGCUUGUUCAGAUGCAAUUGCAGUUGGAUAUAAUGAAGCAAAAGGAAGAUUUUUAUAUGCUACAAGAAGAAUAAAAACCGGAAGUGUUCUAAUUGUUGAUCAACCGUUUACUUUCAGUACCGACCAAGAAGCUUUCGAAAGAAAUUGCUUGAAUUGUCACAUUUCUUUAAAAUUGGAACAUACAAUCAGUAUCCCUUGCAACAAUUGCCAAACGGUAUCCUUCUGUUCUGAAACUUGUCGCAAAGAAUCUUGGGAGAAAUAUCACAAAUACGAAUGUAAUAUCUUCAACUAUUUCUACAACUUCGAAACUCAAGAAAAACAUCAAAGAUCACACCUUCUCUUGGCUUACAGAACAACAAUAUCAAAAUCCCUAAAUAAAUCAAAUUCUCUAGAUUCCGAAUUCAUAAAUUAUCAUUCGCUCGACAGCGAACCGGAAGAAGCUUCCCCAAAAAUUGCUUCUGAAGAAUACAAUCCUCUAGAUUACAAAACAGUAUACUCUCUAGAAACUCAUUGCGCGCAAACUGACCCGAAAGAGAAUCUUCGAUUUGCUCUAAAUUCCAUUUUCCUCGCUAGAUUAUUACAAUUUGUUUUAAAAGAUAUAAGCCCUGAUAUUUCAAUUGAUCAAAGAGAAAUUAUUCUUCUGGCUGUGGGAACUUUUCGGCAUAUGCAGGCCAUUAAUUGCAAUGCCUACGAAAUUGUGGAAAAUAUAAGAAACGAAGAAUCGAAAGUAUGUGAACCAAGAAAUAUUGGAGGUGCAAUAUAUACUUCGGUUAGUUUGUCGAAUCAUAGUUGUUAUCCUAACGUUGUUCGGCAUUCAUAUCCAGGCGGUAUCGUUGUUGUUACGGCUUUGCGUCCAAUUGAAAAGGGUCAUGAAAUCCUCGAUUGUUACGGACCCCAUUUUCUGAAAGAAGAAAAACACAUAAGAAGAGAAUCUUUGCAGAAGAAAUACCACUUUCUUUGUUCCUGCGAAGCCUGUACUUUCGACUGGAAAAUGCCAUUAUCUGACAAUGAUAUUUUUAAAUGCUCCUGUUCUAAUUUCAAGAUAUCUGAAUCCCAAAAGUUUUCAAAGUGUGACCAAUGUGGUGAUAAAAUAGACUUGAAAAAAAUUCGUCGUCGCCUAGAGGAAAGUAAAAAACAGAGGCUAAAUGCAAUUUCAAAAAUAUACGAUGGCAAAUACGCAGAGGCUUUACCAAUUUUGCUCGAGCACUCCAAUUAUGUUGAAAAAAUUCUAGCCGAGCCUAAUCUCGGUGCAAUCAAAACACAGCAGUCCAUAAUUCAAUGUUUAAACAGCAUGGCUUGUACUUCUGUUUAAUAAAAUUAAUAAUUAGUCAAUAGAUACCUUAUUAAAUUACUUAGAGGCGAUCCAAAAAGCACGUAACAAAUU